AUGACCUCCGCGGAGAGCAUCGCGCUGGAUCUCGCCGCCAACGACUAUCUUUCCUUAAUUGCGUUUGCUGUGCUUUACUACGACUAUACCCUGACCUUCGGGAUCGAGGUCGAUCGGUUCUGGGCUCCGAGAUUCAGCUGGGCUUCGUUUCUCUUCUACCUCAACCGCUAUCUGGGGAUAUUCGGCCAUAUUCCAGUGAUUCUCCAGUUGUUCAGAGCGUUCUCAAGUAAAGUGAGCCCCGCACAAUUAUUAUACCGCGUUCACCCCCAAGAUGCAUCCAGCUGCAGAGCUACCACCAAAUCUUCUCCGUCGUCGUUCAAAUGGUCGUCGGAGGCAAGCCAUCCUACACAUCCCCCAACCAAGCUAAACCCGCCUGAACUAACCCCCCUUUCAGCAUGCCUCAUCAUGCGAACAUACGCCCUAUACGAAAGGGCCCGCUGGGUGCUCUGGUUCCUCUGCGGCUUCGCCCUCGGCGUCAUCAUCUUCGGAUGCUGGGCGAUUACAGGGAAACACACAGAACCCGUUCCUAUAGAGGGCAUAGGAUGCAACACCACGCUCGCCGCCGACCAGGGCAUUCAUCUCGCAAUCGCGUGGAGCGGCAUGACCGCGUUCGAUUUCGUCAUCUUCGUCCUCACCGUGUUCAAAGCCCUGCGGACGCCCCGCGUCGGGCGGCGCACGCUCGCGGACGUGCUCCUGCAAGACGGCGCGAUGUAUUUUUUUUUUAUGGUGUUUUCGAAUAUCGUGAACAUCUCUACGUUCGUCCUUGGCGGGCCCCUGCUGCGCGGAGCGCCUUCCACAUUCACAAACGUCGUCUCCACGACCCUCAUCUCCCGCCUGAUGCUCAACGUCCGCGACCCCUCGCUGCGCACGCAGGCGCGCCCGACGACCUUCUCCACCGCCGCCGCCGACGACUCCAGCGGGGCGUUCGUGUCGACUGUCGUAGACGACUUUGGUGGGGAACAGGGGCACGACGAGGGAGAUGGGGAAAUUGAACUCGUCCCGCGACGGAGGAGGAUGUUCGAGUUCGGGAAGUAUAGAGCGUAAGGUAAAGUUAUGUAAGCCAAUGUAUAAAUCAGAGGGCGGAGGGCGGAGGGAGUGUAUUUUAUUGUUAGUGUAAGUGAGACGGUGUCAUGUUUAUACCCGCGUUACGAUUGGCUGCGAUACGCAGUGUAUGUUUGGUUUGUAGAUGUACUUACGUUGUAUGCAUGGAAGGAUGCAGGAUAGCAGUAUCGUCGCAUUGAUGGGGAGUAUGUACGCUGGCCAGAUUGGAAUUACCGUUCACAGC